AUGAAGGGGGACCAACUUUUCAAUAUAGCAGGAUUGGAAGACAAUGCCCAGGAUCUCUCCCCUGCUCAGAAAAAAGCAUUCAUAAACACAAUUCUGAAGAAUGUGAAUAUUUCCACUGUACUCCAGACAUUUUCUGGCCCCUUAAUCUCCACCCUGUCUCUGUACACUAUACAGCAAGCCAACAUCAACGCAGUUGACAGGAUAGUGGGCAAGAACUGGACCAAAUGCCAGGCCAUCUAUUUGGUAAAGCAGGUGUUUUCUGGAAAAAUCCAGCCCAGCGACAUAAAGAAACUUGGCUCCGCUAUCCAGGGCAUCACUUGUGACAUGUUCAACUCAUUAAGUGAUCAGGACAUUUUGACAACAGCAAGCAUCCUGGAGCAAAAUAAGGACUGGCUUUCCAGGCACCAGAUGACUUGCUUUGCAAAAAAACUUUGGGCAGCUCUAAACACGACACGGGCAGAUUAUUUCAGCAGCAUUCAAGAUUCAGAAAUGCAGUUAAUCCCAACAGUUUUCUUAAUGUUCUUACCGCCUAGCCAAAUUGCCAAAAUUCCUGCAAAAGCUUGCUCAUCCUUUCUUGAAAAGAUGGCUUCUGCCGACAUCACCCUUCUACCUCGAACAUCUCUGACUCGCCCUGCCCUCAGGGACAGGGCAUUAUUGUGUCUGAACAAGACAUUGCCAUUAAUAUCUUCAAGUGACUUGCAGCAACUGGGACUCCUAGUGUGUGAACUAAACAUGACAGAGAUACCAGCUAGUGUUCUCAAUACUAGUCUUCAGCUCUUCACCCAGUGCAGGCAGCUCUCUAGUAGCAACAAGGCCAUUCUGGCCAAGAGGAUUUUGACAACCUAUGGGAAUUGCUCUACCUGGAAAGAUACUACAAUAACAUCUCUUGGCCUGCUCAUGACUUUCCUAUCCAGCAGUGACCUUCAAACUUUGCCUAAUGUGCUCCAGCUAAAAGACACCUUAAUGGAACUGAUUUAUUCCAUACCGGAUGUAUCCAAGUCUCCUGCUGAAUACGACACCUCUCUGAAUACAGCAAGCCUGAGGCAAAAAUUGUUUGCCAUUAUCAUUGCACCUGCAGCCAGGAGGAAGCGAGCAGCAUCCUGUGUCAUGACACCCACAACACAGCAAAUUAUGGACCUAAAGGAAGAUAACUCACAGUGGACACCUGAUCAGCUACUCUGUAUGUCAACGCAAACCUUUCUUGACACCUUUGCCAUCCUGGGAUCCGUUCAAAGUUUCAAUGAGCAGCAACUUGCAGUCCUCAAGAAUAAAUCCAUUGACGCUUUGGGGCCCCCUUCUUCAUAUACCAUAGAACAGAUCUUGGCUUUGGGGUGCCUCAUGGUAGGAUUCACCCCUGCAGAACUCCAACAAGUCAGUGUCACUUCCGUAGACAUCCUCACAGGAAUCAAUGCGUGCCCAAACUGGACAGUGCAGAAGAGAGCAGUCCUUGUACAAAGAUUAAUCAAUCAGACGGGUUUAACAGUUUCUACCAUGGGAAUGGUGGAGCUAUCUGGACUUGGAAAUUUCAUCUGUGGGAUGACAGCAGAAGAGAUUGCUCAGAUAAACACCACUUCCUUCAGGAUGGCAGUGGGAAUAUUGUCUACAGUUAACUGCUCAUUAACUGUCAUGGAAGAACUGAUGAAGAAGGCUGUGAGUGCCUUUGGUCCAAUCAGCACAUGGACACCAGCUUGGAUCAAUGAAAUUGGCAAUAUCAUUGCCGGAGCUUCAAGUACUGACCUACAGAAUCUGAAUGUCUUAUUGUUGCCUAUGAUCACCCCAGCAGCCAUCGCCCUGAUCCCACCGAAUAGAUUUUGUGUGCUGUCACCCGAUCAACUGAGAGCCUUGGGUCCUACGAAUGCAGCCAUGGUAACAGCAGAACAAAUUGCUAUGUUGAAUUCUGACCAGAGGCAAGGACUCUCAGAUUCUUUAGGAGUUGUCAUACCUCGGGCUACCAACCCCGAAACCUCAACGAAAACUACAACCAUUGUUGUACCAGUACCACUGAAAGGAGGUACAUCACGUUUGGCACUAGUAGGCAUCUUGGCUCUAUUGCAACCUCUCUUUCUACUGGCCAUUGCACCUUAAAGCACUGCAACCUGCACAAAGCAGCCAGCUCCUAGCCACCGCCUUUGAGAUGGUUCUUCUCCUACUUUUUUUUUUAUUGUUCCCUUUCUCUUGCACAAUGCUCAUUGCCAAUUGAGGAAUGAAUGUAUGCUGUCUUCAUUAAGGCAAAUAUCAGGGAUGCUCCUCUAUUUAUAUACUUUUUGACUACAUAAAGUGGUAGACUACAUAAAGCAUUUAGUUUGGACACAUAGAUAAAUUUUCAACUAGUUGAU